GCGGGAUUUGCCAAAUUAGAAAGAGGGGGAAGAGUUUUGUCUUUUGCACGUUCAUGUCAGUUUAUGCUUUUAGAAUAUCGUACGAACCUAUAAGCAUGAUGAUCGUUAUUCCACUACGUACGACUGGCAACGGUGACGUCGACCAACUGUUUAUCGUUCUGCAUUUGUGUUGCCCGCAGGACCGCUGAUCUUUGGCAAAGGCGGUGGAUGACAUCAGUGUAUCAAGUAGAGAGGCCGAUCGGGAAAUGAUUCAGGGUCUGCAACGAUCGAUUUGGAGAUACGGUCACUCGAUAAGGGUGGGAUACCUCAGUAACGGGAUAGCAAUAUGCAUGAAUACCUCGCUGGAGAAGCCAUCGUUAAAUCAUAUCUCGGGGUGCGUGGUUGGUGUGGCUGAAUGGGAAACCGGGAAUUGGGGGAUUCGGAGAACAAAAAAACAAGAUAGAUUAUGGUUCGUUCGGCAUUGGGAUCAAUCUGAUUUCAUUGAUCUUCGCUACCUGUACGAUCUACUAGCCGAGUGAUGUCGUGAUUGACAACUCAGCUUUGGAACUCUCCAGGGCUCCGAUGAGAACCCCCGAACAAAGCGAUUGGGGAGUCUCCAUCUGACACUGAAACAUACCGGGGGGAUGGUGAAAGUGGCAGUGUUGAAUGGUACUGUCUCGUGUAGUAUACGAUGACUGGUCUUAUUGUCUUAUUGUCUUAUACGACGAGACAAUAAUCGACUCUCGUGCAUAUUUUAUUUGGAUUGAUAUUCCCAGAGAAGAAAGGGCCGUAUGGCGUUAGUCUCAGGGUGUCUUAUUUGUUCGGCUCUAGACGCCCGUUCCUUGCUGAUCCCACCAAUCCACCAAUCCACCCCCCCACGGCCCCAGCCUGAUUCCUUUUUUCCCGGUAAUUAUUAUUAUAUGAUUAUAUAUGAUGCUGCUGCCUUGCUCGGGCGCGCGCUGCCCCCGAUCCCAACCCCCAAUUAUUACCGCCUGCCCGAAGCCCAUCAUGGCGUACAUCCCGUCACCGACCUCCAGAUAAUCCCAUCACCCAUCACCCGUCAUUGCUGUCGACCACCACUCGCUUUAUCGUACGGCACUUUCGCUCUCGCUUUUUUCUUUAUUCUCGCCCGUCCUGGGCUAGACUCGCCCAUCGUCAACUUCCACCAUGCGGUUUCCGCGCUGGCUGGCCGCUGGCUGCUUCGCUCUCAGUCUGGCCCCGCCCGUUGCCGCCGAGAAGCUGCUACAAUCGCACGCUCUCGUACCAUGUUCGAAUGAUGGAAUCAUUUCGGUCAACCAUUUUGAUAUCGUCUUCACGCCGGGGAAUAAUAGUGCGUCAAUCAGUUUUGAUGGACAGGCCACCUACGCCGGCAAAAUCCGUAUCGUUCUCGAACUCUACGUCUAUGGCUACAAAGCCAUCACCAAAUCAUUCGAUCCAUGCACCUUGAAUGUCGAUGCGCUAUGCCCACUGCAAAAAAAUACCGGUUUGAAAAUCGCCAAUGUCCCGAUCGACCUCUCGGGCGUCGACUUGUCUAUCAUCCCGGGUAUUGCAUAUAGUGUCCCCGAUAUCGAUGCCUUGGCCCGCCUGGAAAUUAUGGACGCCGAUACUGGCGGCAAAGUCACCUGUGUCCAAGCGUGGGUCAACAACGGUGUGACCGUCGAUCAAGCCGGCGUGGCUUGGGCGAUGGCCGUUCUGGUAGGAUUAGGACUUCUCUCCACGGUGGUUGUAUCUAUUCUCGGCCACGCUAAUAUCGCAACUCACGUCGCUUUUCGCACGUUACUCUUCUUGGGCUUUUUGCAAAGUCAGGCCAUGUGGGGGAUGACGGCCGUGAGCCAGCGCCCACUGGUGCAAUCAUGGACGCAGCUCUGGCAGUGGACGAUGGGGUUGGUGGGCGCUCAGUUCUUGCAGACCAUUUGUACUUGGUUUCAGCGUUCGACGGGUGGCACUCCCUCUACGAUUCUCACCCAUACCGAUGAGUAUUCGGUGAUUAUGCAGAAGCGCUCGUACGUGCCGGGAUCACUGGUCGCCCGCACCACGGAUAUGACGGUGGGUGGUGGAGAAGUCGAGGUUCGAGGUAUCGAGCGCGUGGGUUUCCGCAUUAACAUCGAGCCGACCAACAUCUUCAUGACGAGUUACCUGUUCUUCUACUUUGUGACAGUGGCGUUCCUCUUGGUGAUCUUGUUCCUCAAGCUGGUGCUCCCUCGGUUGGCCCGGAAAUUGAAAAGCGCAAAGAUGGAGCGGACGAUGGUCGUAUCGUCCGAUUGGAAGGACUUUAUGCGCGGCAGUCUAUAUCGACUGGCUGCGAUCGGAUAUCCGCAAAUCUGUGCCCUCGGUCUGUGGGAAUUGAUCCACCGAGACUCGGCCGCCGAAAUCGUCCUCGCCAUCUGCAUGUGGCUCACCAUGACCGUCUUGCUCUGCUGGGCAAUCUUCAAGGUCUUCCAACGCGCCCGACUAUCACGAACUCUCCGACAAAACCCCGCCUACACUCUCUACUCCGACCCCGUCUGCCUCACCCGCUGGGGCUUUUUAUAUGUCAACUACAGAGCGCAAGCCUAUUACUUCAUGGUCCCGCUCUUUCUCUACACCCUCGCCAAGGGCCUCGUCAUCGCCUUCGGACAAUCCAACCCCCUCGCUCAAGCCAUCGUCCUCCUCAUCUUCGAAGCAGCCUUCCUGGUCGCCACAUGCGUGAUUAGACCCUACAUGAACAAAACGGCCAACGUAUUCGCCAUCAUCGCCACAGUCCUCAACUUCCUCAGUGCCAUCUUCUUCCUCUUCUUCACCAACGUCUUCAACGUCCCCGAACUCGUCGGCGGCGUUAUGGAAGUCCUCUUCUUCUUCCUCAACGCCAUCUUCUCCCUCGCCCUCCUCGUCUUUUUCCUCAUCGGCUUCUACUACGUCGUCACCCUCAAAGAACCCGCCGAACAGUACACCCGUCUCGCCGAUAACCGCUCCUCCACCGUCCUGGUCGAAAACCGCCGGAUCACCGAGCUCCAGCCGCUGGAGAAGAAUCUCGAAGUCGAGGAUGGCCACAUGGCAUCCCGUGGAAACGUCUGGGAGCCCGUGUCUACCCGGUCAACAUCCGCAGAGGAUAUCACCGAGGCACCGCAACAGCCAUUCGGUCAUACCGUGCAGCCCACGCUACCAUCCAUCCCGAUCAGUGACUCGGACAGCUCAACAUCACGGCGGUACGAUGUACCACGGCAGGAAGAGCGGUUGGUUUGAAAAUACCUAUCCCUCCCAUCUACCUACCUGCGUACCCGCGAUCUCCUUUUACAUGUCUAUAUCUGCAUUCAUUUACCUGCAUUUUUUCCUGUUCUGUUUAUAGUGAUGACCACCCUCUCAUUCCCAGCCAUUGUCUUUGCACAUUUGCACUUUUUUUUUUCCGGAAGAGAAGCCUCGGGAGCUUCGAUACAUGGGGACCUCGGCGUUGGGCUCUACAAUCAUUUCUCAUAUUUUUUGUACAUAUGGGCCUCGGCGUUUUGACUUUCGAUUUGCUGCAGAUACUUGCACUUUUUUUACAGCGGUAUUAGAUGCUUCGUUAGAGAGCCGCGGGCUUGAUUAUGGAUUGGAUGAUGUCCUCGGGAUGAAUGGAAACACGCCUCCCUAAUGGGAGAGCUAUCGAAUACCUCAAUUACAAGAUGUGUGCCGUGUUUGUAUGUGCUUCAUUAGGCAUUAGACAUUAAUAUAGAAACAUGUAGACGAUAUGCAAAGUAUUAUACAGAAGCGUGGGGAUCGAUGAAUGUACUCUGUACAUUACUGUUCAAUGCCGACUCCGCACUCCCCUCGGUCGAUCAUGCCCAGACUCUCCAAACGUGGUGAUCGGCUCAAUUUUGAACCAUGGUUUCGGGACGACCCGUAUCCCGUAUCGCUUCAUGCAGUCCGUUAUGCAAUAAUGCAAGGGCGACAACCUUGUUGUCGACAAUUGCGCCCCAGUCGGCAAUGCCAACUGCCAAAAAGAGCUUUGCCUCGAAACAUUUCUCUCUCUCCCUCUGUCUCCCUCUCUCCACAUGGAGAGACUCACCAAAAAAGCCUAAUGGCCCUUCGCAGCCCCAUUCUGACUGCCCACAACCUCCUCUCCCUGCGACUCAUCCUCCGACCGAUCGUCCUUCUUCUCCCCCGUCGAGAUAAACUUCCACGCACUGCGCAGCAAACAAUACAACCAGAAGAGAUUGAGACUCUGCAGCAUCGCCAGCAAAGCGAAAGUGAUGAUAUUCGAGAUCCAGCAUUUAUACUGUUGCGUCUCCCAGUUUAAUUCGUAGGGACCCACGGUGCGGAACUCGGUCAAUAGCGACCAGAGGAUGCGCAGGUUCAGGUAGUGCCGCAGAUAGAUCCAGGUGCCGACAUUAAGGGCGUAGAAGGGGAUGACGAGUUCGGAAUCGAUAUAGUGGAAG